GUUGACAUUUUGUGGAAUCGUUGGCCUGAUUUUAAACUUGUUCCAACUUGACUCAUAAAAAAUUCAAUGUGAUUGGUACUGUAGUUAGUCUACAGUAUUCUAGAGGCAACCUUUUACGACAGGCCGUUUGCGGCCCUUAAACAACUGACUUUUUGAGCCACGAAGCUGGGCGCAAAUUGGCAAGACAGCGAAUCUGCUGUGCGAGCCAAACUGGCGCCAAGUCAGCAAGAGUAUCUCCUAGAUACACAAGGCGUGGGUGUUUGUAUGUAUGUAUGUGAGCCGCUAGCUAUUUUGAUGUUGCGGUCUAUUCGUAGCGUGGACACGAACCCAAGUGGUGUGGGUCUCGAGUGUGACACCAUUUUGAGCAAGUGGAAUUCUCGCACAGUGGGGUCAGUGUCAUGGGUCUUUUAUCAGUGGAUCAACCACAACAAGAACAGACCGCAGCUUUCAAUGAAUGUUUACAAAUGGCACAUUAAAGCAGAGCUUUGUUAUUGUGUAAAAUGUCCAGUAGUAGUUAUUGUAUAAUUAAUGCGAACAGUUGAGCUAAAAUGGGCAGCACCAAUGAAGUGGUCAUGGAAGUGGAGGAAACCCUCAGUUCCGAGGGCAGCUUUGCUAGCACCGUGGCGGGACAAUGUUGCAACUCCGAAGCUACAGUGGAUGAGCAACAGGCAAUACGACUUGACGAGGUGACAGUAACAGCACAAACCAAAGGCAAGAAGAGUCCUAGCGAACUCUCUGGGGGCAACAACUAUGCGUCGAGUAAAAAUGUUGCCGAGGGUUUAAUGGAUAUAGCUUUGCUCUCGGCCAAUGCGAAUCAGCUGCGCUUCUUAAUCACCUACAAUCACGAAGCUUCCACAUACUACUACAGUCUGGCUCUCGUUAUACUCUCCCUCGUGCUGCAGGUUCUCGUGGGCAUUGUUCUAAUCUUCAAGCGUCGUCUGAAACAUUGUCGCCAAAGUCGUCACUAUGUGAGAACCAAUGAAGUGCUUAUAAUGGGUGUAUUCCUUGUCACUGUGAUUAAUGUGCUCCUGGCUGCCUUUACCACAACCGAUGGACAUUCCAAUUAGACUAAAACCAUGCUUUUAUAUUAUUAAAAAUUUAAUUGUAUUUAAUACAAUAUAUAACAGAAAAAAUCGAUGAAAAUGCGUUGGCAACGAUCAACGGACGCAUAUUGAUGAACAAUUCACGAUCACAGAUUAAUCGUUGGCCAGGCCUGGUAAAUGCACUUGACGUAUCUGACGUACGAUAUCUCAGCUUUGUAAUAUAGACUUAAGGAUAAGGUAUUAGCUUAACCAGAGAACUCCUUCUUGAUGCACUUGGCAAUGGUGCUCAACUGCAUGUUGGUGGUGCCCUCAUAGAUGGCGCCGAUCUUGGCAUCACGAUAGUAUUUCUCCUGGGGGAAGUCGCGGGUGAAGCCGACACCGCCCAUCCAGUCAAUGCACUUGGUGGCGGCACGCUGAGCCACCUCGGAGGCAUAGAACUUGGCCAUGGCCGCCUCCUUGAGGAAGGGCACACCAGCCUCCUGCAGGCGAGCAGCGUUGUAGGUGAGCAGACGAGCCGCCUCAAUCUCGGUGGCGAUCGUGGCGAUCUGGUGCUGCAUAGACUGGAAGUUGUAGAUGGCAUCGCCGAACUGCUUACGUUCCAGCAGAUAGGGAAUGGUGGCAUCAAAGGUACCUUGGGCCAGACCCACCAUCUGGGCGCCGAUGCCAAUGCGGCCUUCGUUCAGGAAGCCGGCGGCAUACUUGUAACCAUGUCCAAAGGUGCCCAGGAUAUUCUCCUCAGGGACGCGGACAUUGUCGAAGGUGAGCAUGCAGGUACCAGAGGCACGGAUACCCAGCUUGUCCUCGGGCUUGUUCACAAUCAGACCGGGAGUCUCGCGAUCCACAAUGAAGGUGGUGAUGCCACGAUAGCCCUAAACAGCCAUAAAUAAAAUUAAAAUACGUUCUGAAUACAAUCCUGUUAUCCCAUUAGACUUACAUCUUCUGGCUUAGCAUUGGCAAAGACCAAGAAAACACCAGCGACAUCUGAGUUGGAGAUCCACAUCUUGGUGCCAUUGAUGACAUAGUGGUUGCCAUCCUUCUUGGCCACAGUCUUCAGGGAGAAGGCGUCAGAACCUGCGCCAGGUUCCGUCAAUGCAAA